AUGCACAUCCACACGGGAGAGAAGCCCUACAAGUGUAAACAGUGUGGGAAAAGCUUCACAUACAGCUCGUGCCCCAGGUGCGGGAAAGGGUUUAACAGCAGUUCCCACAUUGACAGGCACGUGCAUAUUCACACUGGAGAAAGGCCAUACAAAUGCACACAGUGUGGGAAGGCCUUCAGUGAUAAUACAGCCUCAGGCAGCACGUGGAAAUUCACUCCAGAGAACAGCCUCCUAAGCAUUAAAAGGGAGUGCGGGGAAAGGGCUUAUGAAUCUCACAUCUUCUUGGGGAAACAUUUAAAACUCAACAGUGGAUGA